ACGUGACACUAGUCGUGGAUCACGUGACAGGGCAGCGUCUCGAGUCUUUCUGAUAACGUCCGGUAAUCAUGCCGACCACCCAGCAGUCUCCUCAGGACGAGCAGGAGAAGCUUCUGGAUGAAGCCGUUCAAGCUGUUAAAGUUCAGUCCUUCCAGAUGAAGAGAUGUCUGGACAAGAACAAGCUGAUGGAUGCUUUAAAACAUGCCUCCAACAUGCUGGGAGAGCUGAGGACCUCAAUGCUUUCUCCAAAGAGCUACUACGAGCUCUAUAUGGCCAUCUCUGAUGAGCUUCAUUACCUGGAGGUUUACCUGACUGAUGAGUUCGCUAAAGGAAGGAAGGUGGCGGAUCUUUAUGAGCUGGUCCAAUAUGCUGGGAACAUCAUUCCCCGACUCUACCUGCUGAUCACUGUGGGCGUGGUAUACGUUCGCUCCUUCCCUCAGUCUCGUAAGGACAUCCUGAAGGAUCUGGUGGAGAUGUGUCGUGGGGUCCAGCACCCGCUCCGAGGUCUGUUCCUCAGGAACUACCUGCUUCAGUGCACCCGUAACAUCCUGCCAGAUGACGGAGAACAGUCGGAGGGCUCCGAGGAGAUGACCGGGGACAUCAAUGACUCCAUCGACUUCAUCCUUUUGAAUUUUGCUGAAAUGAAUAAAUUAUGGGUUCGAAUGCAGCAUCAGGGACACAGCAGAGACCGAGAGAAGCGGGAGAAGGAACGUCAGGAACUUCGGAUUCUGGUGGGAACCAAUCUGGUCCGCCUGAGCCAGCUGGAAGGGGUCAAUGUGGACAAGUACAAACAGGUGGUUCUUCCUGGAGUCCUGGAGCAGGUAGUGAACUGCAGAGACUCUCUGGCUCAGGAGUAUCUCAUGGAGUGCAUCAUUCAGGUUUUCCCUGAUGAGUUCCACCUCCAAACCCUGAAUCCUUUCCUGCGUUCCUGUGCGGAGCUUCAUCAACACGUCAACGUGAAGAACAUCAUCAUCGCUCUGAUUGACAGACUGGCUCUGUUUGCUCAUCGAGAAGAUGGACCAGGUAUUCCAGCUGAGAUCAAACUGUUUGACAUCUUCUCCCAACAGGUGGCCACAGUCAUUCAGUCCCGUCAGGACAUGCCAUCAGAGGACGUGGUUUCUCUUCAGGUGUCUCUCAUUAAUUUGGCCAUGAAGUGUUACCCUGAGCGGGUGGACUACGUGGACAAAGUCCUGGAGAGCACAGUGGAGAUAUUUAAUAAACUCAAUCUGGAGCACAUAGCAACCAGCAGCGCCGUGUCUAAAGAACUGACCCGGCUCCUGAAGAUCCCUGUGGACACCUACAACAAUCUGCUGAUGGUCCUGCAGCUCAAACACUUCCCUCCACUCUUUGAGUACUUCGACUUUGAGUCCCGCAAGAGCAUGAGCUGCUACGUCCUGAGCAACACGCUGGACUGUAACACCAUCAUGGUGUCCCAGGAGCAGGUGGAUGCUAUCCUGAGCUUGGUGUCCACGCUGGUCCAGGACCAGCCGGACCAACCAGCUGAUGACCCUGACCCGGAGGACUUUGCUGAGGAGCAGAGCCUUGUGGGUCGUUUUAUCCACCUGUUCCACUCUGAAGAUCCUGAUCAGCAGUAUCUGAUUCUGAACACUGCCCGGAAACAUUUUGGAGCUGGUGGAAACCAGAGGAUCCGCUUUACUCUACCGCCCCUGGUGUUUGCUGCCUACCAGCUGGCCUUCAGAUACAAAGAAAACUCCUCGGUGGACGAUAAAUGGGAGAAGAAGUGCCAGAAGAUCUUUUCAUUUGCUCACCACACCAUCAGCGCUCUCAUCAAGGCAGAGCUUUCAGAGCUGCCGCUGCGCCUCUUCCUGCAAGGGGCACUGGCUGCCGGCGAAAUCGGCUUCGAGAAUCACGAAACUGUCGCGUACGAGUUCAUGUCUCAGGCCUUCUCUCUGUACGAGGAUGAGAUCAGCGACUCCAAAGCCCAGCUGGCAGCCAUCACGCUGAUCAUCGGCACCUUUGAACGAAUGAAAUGUUUCAGCGAGGAGAACCACGAGCCUUUAAGGACGCAGUGCGCUCUGGCUGCGUCCAAGCUGUUGAAGAAACCUGACCAGUGCAGAGCCGUCAGCACGUGCGCUCACUUGUUCUGGUCUGGUCGCAGCACUGACAAGAACGGAGAAGAGAUCCGGGACGGGAAGCGGGUCAUGGAGUGUCUGAAAAAAGCCCUGAAGAUCGCCAACCAGUGCAUGGACUCGUCUCUGCAGGUUCAGCUGUUCAUCGAGAUCCUGAACAGAUACAUCUGCUUCUACGAGAGGGAGAACGACGCUGUGACAGUCCAGGUGUUGAACCAACUCAUUCAGAAGAUCAGAGAGGACCUUCCAAACCUGGAGGCAAGUGAAGAAACCGAGCAGAUCAACAAACAUUUCCACAACACCCUGGAGCACCUCCGUCUGCAGAGAGAGUCCUCAGAGUCCGAGGGGCCUGCCUACGAGGGUCUGGUCCUCUGAUCAGGGUCCCUAGAGUCUGAGGGACCAGCCUACGAGGUUCUUAUUCUUUGAACAGAGUCCACUUCCUGUAUCAUGAUGCACAGCUAACAUCACUGCGAUUCUUCCUGUGGGACAGAAACUAAACUAACCCCGUCGUCCAUCCUGGCUCAUUUCCCUGCUUUGUCUCAUGACUCGUGUCUUCUGAUUGGUUGUUUCUGUUUUGACGCAUCGGAUUGGACAGAAAACUGCAUGUGAGUCCAGCUGCAGCAAACUGAAGAACCAUUCGUUCUGAUUUCUGUCAUCUGCAUCUUUCUGCUCGUUAUCUUUCUAUCACAUGAAACAUUUAUUUAGCUAAAUGUAAAUAAGUUACAGAAUCUCGCUGAUUUUAUUUUCAGUCUAAUUGUCACAUAAAAAUAUCCAACCAUGUUAUUUUGUCCUUUUCAUGUUAAAUCAGGAGCUGUUGUAGGAAAUGAUGCUAAAGAUUCAAAUCAAACCGACUCCAGAGCUGCUCAGUAAUUCCGCUCAGUCUUAUUUUGAACAAACUUUAGUCUGCUCCAUCUUCUGUUGGCCUUUUAAUCUGUUAAAUGUUCUGAAACGUUGAAGACUAAAGGCUCAGUGGUCACUCACUAAAUCUAAGAUAAAACUGAUUCACCGCACCCUGCUGGUCAACGAGGACCUCACAAAGGUAUAUAUAUUUGUAUUAACUUUUUCUUUUUGCAUUAAAUGUGUUUAAAGUCUAAAAUCCACCUGAUUGUCAUGUUCAUGAAUAAA